CAUGGCGGCGCCCGAUGGGCACGUCUAUGGCGGCGGCCAUGUUUCGAUGGCGGCUCCGGCCGCCGCUCCCGGCGCGGGCAGGUCCCGCCGGUGUCACCGUGCCCCGGGCAGGCCUCAAGAAGUACGUGAUGCCCCCGGACUACAGCGGAAUCAUCUUCCCGGAGAAGCCGAAGCUGAAGUUCAUGGAGAAGGUGCCGGCGGUGCCCAAGGUCCGGCGGGAGCCGCGGCAGCUCCGGGACAUCCGUGGCCCAUCCCGGGAGGCCACUGACUUCAUCCAGGGGCAGUACGGGAUCCUGGCUCUAGGUGGUGGCUACCUCCACUGGGGCCACUUGGAGAUGAUCCGCUUGACCAUCGGGCGCAGCAUGGACCCCAAAUCCAUGUUUGCCAUCUGGCGGGUGCCCGCUCCCUACAAACCGGUGACGAGGAAGAGUUUGGGCCACCGCAUGGGUGGUGGCAAAGGCCCCAUCGACCACUACGUGACGGCGGUGAAGAGCGGGCGCCUGGUGGUGGAGGUGGGAGGACGCUGCGAGUUUGGGGAGGUGAAACCCUUCCUCACGCAGGUCGCCAAGAAGCUGCCGUUCCCCGCCGUGCCCGUCAGCAGGGACAGCCUCCAGCGGAUGAGGCAGGAGGAAGAGGAGAAGAAACUCAACAACCAGAACCCUUGGACCUUCGAGCGCGUGGUCACCGCCAACAUGUUGGGCAUGAGGAAAUACCUGAGUCCCUACGACCUGCGGCUCCACGGGCGCUACUGGGGGAAGUUCUUCCUGAAGCACAGGGUGUGAGGAGUUAAAGGAAGGGAGAGACUGAAUUAAAGAUUCCCAAAGGA